UGAUUUCAAGUUUCUCCUGCAUUCUGUGGUUCUUUCCCCUGCAACGCUCACUCAUCAAUUCACCAAAUAUUUUUGCACUAAAUUCUCAACCAAACUUACUAUUCUUCUUUUCUAUAUGAAAUGUGACUGGAAAAAAAAAAAGAAAAUGAUUAUGAAGUCGAAAAUGAGAGAGUCCAUCAAAUACAGUAUGACAACCAAAUUCUACUCUCCGCCGCCAGCAUGCCGCCACGAAACGCCGCGUUUAGUGAGGAUCUCCGUCACCGACCUCGACGCCACCGAUUCAUCCAACGACGAGCAUGAAGACACAAGGCUAAAUCCAAAUUCCCGCCGAGUCAUAAAACACGUAAACGAGGUAAGGUUUGAGAUCAAAGCUGAUAUUGUGAAGAAGAAACUCCGCGGAGUUAGGCGGCGGCCGUGGGGGCGAUGGGCGGCGGAGGUCCGCGAUCCAGCGCGGCGGGCGAGGGUUUGGCUCGGGACUUACGACACAGCCGAGGAGGCGGCCAUGGUCUACGACAGGGCGGCGAUUCAAAUUACCCCGCCGCCGGCUGUUGGAGAUUGCGACGACAUAAAAAUAUCAUGUUCUGAUGAUCGGAAUUUGGAGGAGGGAGAUUUAUUAUCGCUGGAUGGAUAUUUGUGGAAUGAUGAUUUGGAUUUUAGUCCACAAUUAAUUUGUGAUGAUUUUAGGUUAAAGGAGCAGGUAUUGAAUGUGGAUGAUAAUUUUGGUGAUCUUGACAUUGAAUUUGAAUGGGACUUCAAUCAACUAUUAGCGGAUCCGUGACCAAUUCAAUUAUUCAAGGUAUAUAUGUUAUUUUACGUUUAACUCUCAAGUGUUCAUACAUUUACUUUUCAAAUUUUGUUUCUUUUUACUUUGCAAUAUAUUUCAUUUGUAAUUUGCUGUACAAUCUUGUACUCCGUAUAAUAAUACUGAAUUACGUUUGUUUCGAGUGUAA